AUGUCUUUGCCACCAAUAAUGUCAUACGACUCUCUCAAGAAAUAUGCUGUCCAAGCGGUAGCCAGGAUCUUACCUCUUGACUCGGAAACGUGUUUGGAAAUGGUCAAUUACACACUCUCGCUCCCGAAUGACGAAAUCGAAAGCCACCUUCUAGACCUACUAGGCCAUUCAGAGGAGAGUUACGAAUUUAUUUCGAAAUUUAUGGACCUCAAAAAGGCUGCUGAUGAUCCUAAGACUCCAAGUAACGAUAAAAACCUGAACAAAUCUUCAAAAAAAGACGGACUUCCUCAAUGGGGACCUAAAACCAAAGCACCCGCUCCAAAGAAUAAAACGAGACUUCAAAAUAACAAGACCUCAGUGACUGUUUCAGAGCUCUCAUCUUUGAAGCCGUCAAACCAGCUCUCUAACUCACAGGCCAAAAAGUCGAAAAAGAAGACUUUAGAUAGUUUGAAAGAUAUUGAAGCUGUUCUCAAUGAGUUAGAGGUGAGUCGCACGGUCGAGGAUGUUGACGGAAUAUAUUCCUCGAAAGUGUUGAGGGUGUGCAAUUGUAUGGCUACAAAGCAUCCUUUAUUCGAAGUUGCUCCAAACUGUCUCAAUUGCGGCAAGAUUAUUUGCUCGAAGGAAGGUCUACAGCCAUGCUCUUCAUGCGGUAAGGAACUUCUUAACGAACACGAGAAGAAUGAAAUUGUCAAAAUUCUUCUCUCCGAAAGAGACCUUCUUGAUACGAAAAAAGCACAUGCCAAAGACAAGCUGAUACAGCUGCAAACGACAAAACCUCUGAAGUACAUCAAGUUUUCCAAUGCCACUGGUGGCAACUUAUGGAAAGCGCAAGAAGAAGCUUUCAAAAUCGCGGAACAGGAGGCUAAGCGCCGUCGAGAGCAAGAAGAGGAACAAGCGCAAAAGAAGCUAGAGAUCGAGGAGCAGAUGCGCGAAUUGGAGCACUACAAGCGAACGAAAGAUGUUGAUGAAGCUCUUCUAUCGGCCCAAAAUAGAUUGGAGACCCUCUUGCAUUAUCAGGAUACAGGUGCUGAGCGAAGCAAGAUCAUCGAUAAUGCUGCGGAUUACGAGAUGCCAUCCCUUUCCAGUGGAAGCAUGUGGCUAUCGCCAGUUGAGAGGGCUUUACAAUUGAAAAAGCAGCAGAAGCAAUUAAGGUCAUUUGAAGCAGAGGAAAAGGCUCGUGUGGGGCGUUCUUCUAAGGUGGUUGAGAUGGUCAUUAAGGACGGAAAGGUGAAGAUGGUAGAGAAAGUCGUGCAGGCGAAAGAAAACGAUCAAGAAGCUAUCGAAAGUCUUGAGGAUGAGAUCCGUCGCGACAAAUUGGCUCGGGAACAGGAGCUCACCAAAAAUGUAUGGGACUAUGAGCUAGACCAAAAUAAGUGGGAGAAGCCAACAUAUGUAAGUGCGGAUAAAGGUGGCCAUCACAGAAGAGACAACCUUCUAUUCAAAGAGAGUAGAGUUCAGCACGACAUCAUUGAUGAUGUGGAGUUAGUGACUACGAUACCCUCAUAG